CGCCGGCGCCUAUUGGAGCGCCUCGGGGGGCGGGGGAGGGGCGCAGCGUGCCUCUUGAUGGACGGCGGCAUUUCCGGCUCUCGCGAGAGUGGGUGAGAGCGCGCCAAAUUUCCCCCGUGAAGCAGAGGCUGUAGCCAGCGGCUCUAUGGCUCUGAGGAGAGGCGGGCGGCGGCGCGCGGACCCAGGCGCGGAUGGCGAGGCCAGCAGGGAUGAUGGCGCCACUUCCUCAGUCUCGGCACUCAAGCGCCUGGAACGGAGUCAGUGGACAGAUAAGAUGGAUUUGCGGUUUGGUUUUGAGCGGCUGAAGGAGCCUGGUGAGAAGACAGGCUGGCUCAUUAACAUGCAUCCUACCGAGAUUUUAGAUGAAGAUAAGCGCUUAGUCAGUGCAGUGGAUUACUACUUUAUUCAAGAUGACGGAAGCAGAUUUAAGGUGGCCUUGCCCUACAAACCGUAUUUCUACAUUGCAACUAGAAAGGGUUGUGAGCGAGAAGUUUCAUCUUUUCUCUCCAAGAAGUUUCAGGGCAAAAUUGCAAAAGUGGAGACUGUCCCCAAAGAGGAUCUAGACUUGCCAAAUCACUUGGUGGGUUUGAAGCGAAAUUACAUCAAGCUGUCCUUCCACACUGUGGAGGAUCUUGUCAAAGUGAGGAAGGAGAUCUCCCCUGCUGUGAAGAAGAACAGGGAGCAGGAUCAUGCCAGCGACGCGUACACAGCUCUGCUUUCCAGUGUUCUGCAGAGGGGCAGUGUCAUUACUGAUGAAGAGGAAACCUCUAAGAAGAUAGCUGACCAGUUGGACAACAUUGUGGACAUGCGCGAGUACGAUGUUCCCUACCACAUCCGCCUCUCCAUUGACCUGAAGAUCCACGUGGCUCAUUGGUACAAUGUCAGAUACCGAGGAAAUGCUUUUCCGGUAGAAAUCACCCGCCGAGAUGACCUUGUUGAACGACCUGACCCUGUGGUUUUGGCAUUUGACAUUGAGACGACCAAACUGCCCCUUAAGUUUCCUGAUGCUGAGACAGACCAGAUUAUGAUGAUUUCCUACAUGAUUGAUGGCCAGGGCUACCUCAUCACCAACAGGGAGAUUGUUUCAGAAGAUAUUGAAGAUUUUGAGUUCACCCCCAAGCCAGAAUAUGAAGGCCCCUUUUGUGUCUUCAAUGAACCCGAUGAGGCUCAUCUGAUCCAAAGGUGGUUUGAACACGUCCAGGAGACCAAACCCACCAUCAUGGUCACCUACAACGGGGACUUUUUUGACUGGCCAUUUGUGGAGGCUCGGGCAGCAGUCCACGGUCUGAGCAUGCAGCAGGAGAUAGGCUUCCAAAAGGACAGCCAGGGGGAGUACAAGGCACCCCAGUGCAUCCACAUGGACUGCCUCAGGUGGGUGAAGAGGGACAGUUACCUUCCUGUGGGCAGUCAUAAUCUCAAGGCGGCCGCCAAGGCCAAGCUAGGCUAUGAUCCCGUGGAGCUAGAUCCAGAGGACAUGUGCCGGAUGGCCACCGAGCAGCCCCAGACUCUGGCCACGUAUUCUGUGUCAGAUGCUGUCGCCACUUACUACCUGUACAUGAAGUACGUCCACCCAUUUAUCUUCGCUCUGUGCACCAUUAUUCCCAUGGAGCCCGAUGAGGUGCUGCGGAAGGGCUCUGGCACGCUGUGUGAGGCCUUGCUGAUGGUGCAGGCCUUCCACGCCAACAUCAUCUUCCCCAACAAGCAAGAGCAAGAGUUCAAUAAGCUGACGGACGACGGACACGUGCUGGACUCUGAGACCUACGUCGGGGGCCACGUGGAGGCCCUGGAGUCUGGGGUCUUCCGCAGCGAUAUCCCUUGCCGAUUUAGGAUGAAUCCUGCCGCCUUUGACUUCCUGCUGCAGCGGGUUGAGAAGACCUUGCGCCACGCCAUUGAGGAAGAGGAGAAGGUGCCUGUGGAGCAAGUCACCAACUUUGAAGAGGUGUGUGAUGAGAUUAAGAGCAAGCUUGCCUCCCUGAAGGACGUUCCCAGCCGCAUCGAGUGUCCACUCAUCUACCACCUGGACGUGGGGGCCAUGUACCCCAACAUCAUCCUGACCAACCGCCUGCAGCCCUCUGCCAUGGUGGACGAAGCCACCUGUGCUGCCUGUGACUUCAAUAAGCCUGGAGCAAACUGCCAGCGGAAGAUGGCCUGGCAGUGGAGGGGCGAAUUCAUGCCAGCCAGUCGCAGCGAAUACCAUCGGAUCCAGCACCAACUGGAGUCAGAGAAGUUCCCCCCCUUGUUCCCAGAGGGGCCAGCUCGGGCCUUUCAUGAACUGUCCCGUGAGGAACAGGCAAAAUACGAGAAGAGAAGGCUGGCGGAUUAUUGCCGGAAAGCCUACAAGAAGAUCCACAUCACCAAGGUGGAAGAGCGUCUCACCACCAUCUGUCAGCGGGAAAACUCCUUCUACGUGGACACCGUGCGUGCCUUCCGGGACAGACGUUACGAGUUCAAAGGGCUGCACAAGGUGUGGAAAAAGAAGCUCUCGGCGGCUGUGGAGGUGGGCGACGCGGCUGAGGUGAAGCGCUGCAAGAACAUGGAGGUGCUGUACGACUCGCUGCAGCUGGCCCACAAGUGCAUCCUGAACUCUUUCUAUGGCUACGUCAUGCGUAAGGGGGCUCGCUGGUACUCCAUGGAGAUGGCUGGCAUCGUCUGCUUCACAGGGGCCAACAUCAUCACCCAGGCACGGGAGCUGAUCGAGCAGAUUGGGAGGCCCUUAGAGCUGGACACAGAUGGAAUAUGGUGCGUCCUACCCAACAGCUUCCCAGAAAAUUUUGUCUUCAAGACGACCAACGUGAAGAAGCCCAAAGUGACCAUCUCCUACCCAGGCGCCAUGUUGAACAUCAUGGUCAAGGAAGGCUUCACCAAUGACCAGUACCAGGAGCUGGCUGAGCCGUCCUCACUCACCUACGUCACCCGCUCAGAGAACAGCAUCUUUUUUGAGGUUGAUGGGCCCUACCUUGCCAUGAUUCUUCCAGCCUCCAAGGAAGAAGGCAAGAAAUUGAAGAAGAGAUAUGCUGUGUUCAAUGAAGAUGGUUCUCUGGCUGAGCUCAAGGGCUUUGAGGUCAAACGCCGCGGGGAACUGCAGCUGAUUAAGAUCUUCCAAUCCUCGGUGUUUGAGGCCUUCCUCAAGGGCAGCACGCUGGAAGAGGUGUAUGGCUCUGUAGCCAAGGUGGCUGACUACUGGCUGGACGUGCUGUACAGCAAGGCAGCCAACAUGCCUGACUCUGAGCUAUUCGAGCUCAUCUCUGAGAAUCGUUCUAUGUCUCGGAAACUGGAAGAUUACGGGGAGCAGAAGUCUACAUCCAUCAGCACAGCAAAGCGCCUGGCCGAGUUCCUGGGAGACCAGAUGGUCAAGGAUGCAGGGCUGAGUUGCCGCUACAUCAUCUCCCGCAAGCCCGAGGGCUCCCCCGUCACGGAGAGGGCCAUCCCACUUGCCAUUUUCCAAGCAGAGCCCACGGUGAGGAAGCACUUUCUCCGGAAAUGGCUCAAGAGCUCUUCCCUUCAAGACUUUGAUAUUCGAGCAAUUCUGGAUUGGGACUACUACAUUGAGCGGCUGGGAAGUGCCAUCCAGAAGAUCAUCACCAUCCCUGCAGCCCUGCAGCAGAUAAAGAACCCAGUGCCACGUGUCAAACACCCUGACUGGCUGCACAAAAAACUGCUGGAGAAGAAUGAUGUCUAUAAGCAGAAGAAGAUCAGUGAGCUCUUCACCCUGGAGGGCAGAAGACAGGUCACGAUGGCCGAGGCCUCAGAAGACAGUCCGAGGCCAAGUGCUCCCGACAUGGAGGACUUCGGCCUCGUGAAGCUGCCUCACCCAGCAGCCCCUGUCACUGUGAAGAGGAAGCGAGUUCUUUGGGAGAGUCAGGAGGAGUCCCAGGACCUCACGCCCACUGUGCCCUGGCAGGAAAUCUUGGGGCAGCCUCCCGCCCUGGGAACCACCCAGGAGGAGUGGCUUGUCUGGCUCUGGUUCCACAAGAAGAAGUGGCAGCUGCAGGCCCGGCAGCGCCUCGCCCGCAGGAAGAGGCAGCGUCUGGAGUCGGCAGAGGGUGUGCUGAGGCCCACGGCCAUCCGGGAUGGUCCUGCCACGGGGCUGGGGAGCUUCUUGCGAAGAACUGCCCGCAGCAUCCUGGACCUUCCGUGGCAGAUUGUGCAGAUCAGCGAGACCAGCCAGGCCGGCCUGUUCAGGCUGUGGGCGCUCAUUGGCAGUGACUUGCAUUGCAUCAGGCUGAGCAUCCCCCGUGUGUUCUACGUGAACCAGCGAGUGGCUAAAGCGGAGGAGGGUGCUUCGUAUCGCAAGGUGAAUCGGGUCCUUCCCCGCUCCAACGUGGUCUACAAUCUCUAUGAGUAUUCAGUGCCAGAGGACAUGUACCAGGAACACAUCAACGAGAUCAACGCUGAGCUGUCAGCGCCAGACAUCGAGGGCGUAUAUGAGACUCAGGUUCCGUUACUGUUCCGGGCCCUGGUGCACCUGGGCUGUGUGUGUGUGGUCAAUAAACAGCUGGUGAGGCACCUUUCGGGCUGGGAAGCAGAGACCUUUGCUCUUGAGCACCUGGAGAUGCGCUCUCUGGCCCAGUUCAGCUACCUGGAACCAGGGAGUAUCCGCCAUAUCUACUUGUACCACCACGCACAGGGCCACAAAGCGCUCUUCGGGAUCUUCAUCCCCUCACAGCGCAGGGCAUCCGUCUUUGUGCUGGACACUGUGCGCAGCAACCAGAUGCCCAGCCUUGGCGCCCUGUACUCAGCAGAGCACAGCCUCCUCCUGGAGAAGGUGGGCCCUGAGCUCCUGCCACCCCCGAAACACACCUUCGAAGUUCGGGCAGAAACUGACCUGAAGACCAUCUGCAGAGCCAUCCAACGAUUCCUGCUCGCCUACAAGGAGGAGCGCCGGGGGCCCACACUCAUCGCUGUUCAGUCCACCUGGGAGCUGAAGAGGCUGGCCAGUGAGAUUCCCGUCUUGGAGGAAUUCCCACUGGUGCCUAUCUGUGUGGCCGACAAGAUCAACUAUGGGGUCCUGGACUGGCAGCGCCAUGGAGCCCGGCGCAUGAUCCGGCACUACCUCAACCUGGACACCUGCCUGUCGCAGGCCUUCGAGAUGAGCAGGUACUUUCACAUUCCCAUCGGGAACCUGCCAGAGGACAUCUCCACAUUCGGCUCCGACCUCUUCUUUGCCCGCCACCUCCAGCGCCACAAUCACCUGCUCUGGCUGUCCCCUACAGCCCGCCCUGACCUGGGUGGAAAGGAGGCUGAUGACAACUGUCUUGUCAUGGAGUUCGAUGACCAAGCCACUGUUGAGAUCAACAGUUCAGGCUGUUACUCCACAGUGUGUGUGGAGCUGGACCUUCAGAACCUGGCCGUCAACACCAUUCUCCAGUCUCACCAUGUCAACGACAUGGAGGGGGCCGACAGUAUGGGGAUCAGCUUCGACGUGAUCCAGCAGGCCUCCCUGGAGGACAUGAUCACGGGUGGUCAGGCUGCCAGUGCCCCGGCCAGCUACGAUGAGACAGCCCUGUGCUCUAACACCUUCAGGAUCCUGAAGAGCAUGGUCGUGGGCUGGGUGAAGGAGAUCACCCAGUACCACAACAUCUACGCAGACAACCAGGUGAUGCACUUCUACCGCUGGCUUCGGUCGCCAUCCUCUCUGCUUCAUGACCCUGCCCUGCACCGCACACUCCACAACAUGAUGAAGAAGCUCUUCCUGCAGCUCAUCGCUGAGUUCAAGCGCCUGGGGUCGUCAGUCAUCUAUGCCAACUUCAACCGCAUCAUCCUCUGUACAAAGAAGCGCCGUGUGGAAGAUGCCAUCGCUUACGUGGAGUACAUCACCAGCAGCAUCCAUUCAAAGGAGAUCUUCCAUUCUUUGACAAUUUCUUUCUCUCGAUGCUGGGAAUUUCUUCUCUGGAUGGAUCCAUCUAACUAUGGUGGAAUCAAAGGAAAAGUUUCAUCUCGUAUUCACUGUGGACUGCAAGACUCCCAGAAAGCAGGGGGAGCAGAGGAUGAGCAGGAAAAUGAGGACGAUGGGGAGGAGGAGGAAGAGGUGGAGGAAUCCAACGUGGAGGAUUUACUGGAAAACAACUGGAACAUUUUGCAGUUUUUGCCACAGGCAGCCUCCUGCCAGAACUACUUCCUCAUGAUUGUUUCAGCAUACAUUGUGGCCGUGUACCACUGCAUGAAGGAGGGGCUGAGGCGCAGUGCUCCAGGGAGCACCCCCGUGAGGAGGAGGGGGGCCAGCCAGCUCUCCCAGGAGGCCGAGGGGGCGGCCGGAGCCCUUCCCGGAAUGAUAACCUUCUCUCAGGAUUAUGUCGCAAAUGAACUCACUCAGAGCUUCUUCACCAUCACUCAGAAGAUUCAGAAGAAAGUCACAGGCUCUCGGAACUCCACUGAGCUCUCGGAGAUGUUUCCUGUGCUCCCUGGUUCCCACUUGCUGCUCAAUAACCCUGCUCUGGAGUUCAUCAAAUACGUGUGCAAGGUGCUGUCCCUGGACACCAACAUCACAAACCAGGUGAAUAAGCUGAACCGAGACCUGCUUCGCCUGGUGGAUGUCGGUGAGUUCUCCGAGGAGGCCCAGUUCCGAGACCCCUGCUGCUCCUACGUGCUUCCUGAGGUCAUCUGCCGCAGCUGUAACUUCUGCCGCGACCUGGACCUUUGUAAAGACUCUUCCUUCUCAGAGGAUGGGGCGGUCCUGCCUCAGUGGCUCUGCUCCAACUGUCAGGCGCCCUACGACUCCUCUGCCAUCGAGAUGAUGCUGGUGGAAGUUCUACAGAAGAAGCUGAUGGCCUUCACCCUGCAGGACCUGGUCUGUCUGAAGUGCCGCGGGGUGAAGGAGACCAGCAUGCCUGUGUACUGCAGCUGCGCGGGGGACUUCACCCUCACCAUCCACACCCAGGUCUUCAUGGAACAGAUCGGAAUCUUCCGGAACAUUGCCCAGCACUACGGCAUGUCGUACCUCCUGGAGACCCUGGAGUGGCUGCUGCAGAAGAACCCACAGCUGGGCCGUUAGCCAGCCCUGGGCCCUGGGUGCCUCUGUGUCCGUGCCAGGCCUCCUGAUGCCAACGCCACAUCCCCGUGCUUCCAGUGACCAGACCACUGACCACCCUGACUGUCCAAACUUGUGACCCCAGGCCAGGGAACAGGGAGGAAACCAAAGAAAACCAUUUUCAGGGAGCUCAGACGCCACAGGAGGGAGCGGGAGCAGGAUGUGGCCCUGGCCUCGCCAGAGCAUCUGAAGAAGCAGGCCAUGAGCGAGGAUGCGAGUGCCCUGGGCGCCGUUUCUCACGCAGUGAAUGCUUUUCCAGGCCUCUGUUGCUUCCUGCACCACACCUGGUGGAGUGGGAGAGUCCUCUAGGUGCCCCCAGUUCUUUGUCCUGCCUCCCAGAGGGAGGAAAAGCCCCUGGGGGCUUCUGGCUCCCUGAGAUUGGGCUCUGAGACGAGAUAGGUUCCCAAGGCCCUGGUGGGGCUGGAGUCUCACCUGUUUGCAUGGAGAAAUGGGCUGGCCCCACAGCCUCGCAGGAGCAGUUUGUGGGCUGGUUUCCCCGGGAAUCCAGACCCUAACCCGUGAGAAUCUGGAUUUUGGCUUGUGAGCCCUGCUCAUUUGGAGCUGGGUCUAGAGGGAACCCUCUAUCAGCCUCAGGAAAACAAGACCUCUGUGCACCUCACUUUUGGCUCACUGCAGCCCUUGUCUUUCACCUCCACACAGGACCAGCUGGAAGCAGAAAGAAGAAAGGCCAAUUUCACAGGGCACCAAACAAGUAUGAAAUGUAAAUCAGAAAUGCAGACACCCCAGACGAGAGCCUCACAGGAGGGAGCGGGCCCCACAGGCUCCCCAGGAGGCUCGCGUCUUUGGCCCAGAGCCAGCCUUAGUUUGACCCUGCCAUCUACUGUCCGAGGCCAUCACUGCUACACUUUGUUUUUAUUUGUAUUUCAUACUGAAGUUUC